CGAGCAACUAACAAUUAUGCGAUAGGAUUCGCCUCUAAACUUUUUAAGAAUGUGAGCUCGUGGAUUGUAAUAGGAAGUCCACUAGAGAAUGAAGCAAUCCCCACUGAGACUAAACUGCGGGGGACCUGAAAAUCCGGGGUAGCUGCAAUUGGUUGUAUUUUUCCGCCUGUAGAAUAAUACUACUUCGCCGGGGUAGUCGGCUAAGUUUCUUGGCAAAUGCUACCUGCCCCGGUGGGCUGGAUAUAUAUUCACUAUGAAGUUCGGUGAUGCGCUCAUCUAUACCCGAAAUAUGGGCCUGCUUCAUUUAUUUGGAGGUGAUAUAAUAUCUUUGGCUAUCCGGGUGAAUACUCGAAAAGUGUAGGAUUUUAGUUAGCCCCCACAACUUGACCACAUCUGCACUCACCAAGAUGCGAGUCGCCAUCCUAGCCUUUGCCUCCGGGGCCGCUGCCUCAACAUCAUACCUAACAUGGAUGGCAGACUCCUUCAUCUGGCACGGAGUAAAAGCGACCUCCGGCUACGGCGAAGCCACAUUGUACGAUGGGUACGAAGCAGCGUACGCGCUGACAUCCAACGAGAUGUACGUUGCAUGGUAUCGAGGCCAAAUCGACGACGUAGUCGUCCUCAAUAAUGGGUCAAUCCGUGACUGGAGAUACGACUUCUACUCGUUGGAUAACUACCGAAUCGGCAACAACAUUCUCUGGUGGUACGAGCGCACGAGACAAGCUAAGUACCGCAAAGCCGCGGACGUCAUCCGGGCACAACUCGACCGACAUCCACGUACGCCGACGGGCGGGUUUUGGCAUCGUCAGCCGAACUAUCCAAAUCAGAUGUGGCUUGAUGGGAUCUUCAUGGCGGAUAGCUUCUAUGCGAAGUGGACGAGUCUAUUUGACGCAAAGAACAAGACGGCUUGGGAUGAUAUCGCGCGCCAGUAUGAUAACAUCGAUGCGCACACGCGAAAUCACACCUCGAACUUGCUUGUGCAUGGCUAUGAUGAAAGUAAAAAGGCCGUGUGGGCUGACCCCGUCACGGGCGCUGCGCCGCUAGUAUGGAGUCGUGCUGUCGGUUGGUAUUUCAUGAGUCUGCUAGAGGUCAUCCCCUUAUUUCCUGAGUCCCACCGUGGCCGUGAGCGUCUCAUCGGAUACUUCACAACAUUGGCGGAGGGGUUGAAGCGAGCACAGGAUGAGAAGUCCGGCGGGUGGUGGCUCAUCAUGAGUGAGCCCUAUCCUGGCGCGCAAGGAAACUAUAUCGAGAGCAGCGCUUCGGCUAUGUUCGCAUUCGGCUGGUUGAAGGGUAUUAGGUUAGGUUUACUCUCUGUAGAUGAAUAUGCCGAGCCUGCGCAGAAGGCAUAUAAUGGGCUGGUGGAGCAAUUCAUGAAAAUUAACGACGACGACACCCUGAAUUGGGAGGGAACAGUGCAGGUCGGUUCUCUGAGUAGCAAUGCGACCUAUCAGUACUAUACAUCGGUACCCUUAACUGAGAAUGAUCAUAGAGGAGCGGGGUCUUUCAUGUUAGCAUCGUAUGAAUGGGAGAGACGUAAGUGAUGCCAAUUCUAGCCGUUCUAGUUAGUGCAUGGUAAUAUUGUCAAAUUCCUAAGAAUAGCGAUAUCCUUUGAGAAUUUGCUGCUA